CUUUAUCAUCAUCCCUAAACUACCGUAUUUUUGUUUGUUCGCAACAUUUCAAAAAAAUUAAUCUUGUAUCUUCGAAACCAUUCGACGAUCAAAAACUAAAAGCAAAGUAUUUUUUCGAAUUGAAAUAAUGAUGACCAAAUUUGAACAACAACAGCAACAAUCAUCAACAACGAUGAUUAAUAAUGUUCAGGAAAAUCAUCGAUCACGUUUAUUAUAUGACGAUGAAAAUGAUUUAAUAUUCAGUCUAUUAGGACGAAAAUGUUUGUCACAAUCGACAGCCGUCGUUCAAUUAUUAAUAACCCGGCCACCCGAUCAUAUACGUUGGCAAAUCAAAUGUACGGGUGUUGUUUGUUUUGUCAAAGAUAAUCCAAAACGUUCAUAUUUUAUUCGUGUUUACGAUUAUGAUAAAAAAACAUUAGCCUGGGAACAGGAACUGUAUACAACAUUUGAAUAUAAAAAUGCACGACCAACAUUUCAUAUGUUUGAAGCACAUGAUUGUAUGGCUGGACUGUAUUUUGCGAAUGAACAAGAAGCCAAUCAUUUCCUUGAAACUGUACAAGGAAAAUUGGAAAAUCGUAAAAAGAAGUCACAAGAGAAAAAAAUGAUGAAUCAUAAUCAUAAUAAUGGUAAUGUGAUAAUGCAGUCAUCACAAUUCCAACAACAACAACGUCAACAAUCACAACAACAACAACAAUCAUCAUUACACAAUUUACAGCCAACAGAUCAAGGUGUUUCAUUAUUCAGUAGCCGUAAUAGAUCAUUUAAUCAUAUUUAUAAAACCAACAGCAAAGAUAAACAACAACGUAAUCGUGAUAAAAAGAAAGGAAUAUCGAAAACCGAUAUUGGAAAUCCAACCAAUUUUCAACAUGUACAACAUAUUGGAUGGAAUUCACAAACAAAUUCAUUCGAAAUGGAUAAAAUUAUUGAUAAAAAUCUCAUGUCCUGUUUACAAGCGCAAGGAAUUACGCAGGAACAAUUGAAAAAUGAAGCCGAAUUCAUUAAAAAGUUUGUUCAAGAUUGGCAACAUGUCAAUAACGGUAAUGGUUCGAUAAUUAACCAACAACAACAACAUCGGCCAACUGGACGUCCAGUUGGUGUGCCCAUACCACCACCAACACCAUCAGUGCCUCCUGUUGCUGUUAUUUCACCGACAGCAACAAAUUCGAAAUCUAAUUAUGGCCAACAUCAACAGCAAUAUAAUGGCCAUUAUAAUCAACAACAACAAUCACAGCCUGUCGUUGUUAAUUUUCCAGCACCGCCACCGCCACCAUCAUCGUCAUUAUUUUCAUCAUCAAAUUCUUCAAUGGGUAAUAAUAAUAAUAUUCGAAAACAAACAACAGCACCGGCUAUUCCGGCACCACCUCCACCACCACCGCCCCCUGCUUCAUCGAUGAAUGAAAUGACAUCCCCAUCGAGUGCAAUAGCGUCACCACCCCCACCACCUCCUCCGCCGCCGCCGGCAUCAUUUUUAGCUGGUCCAGGUGGUGGUUCGACUGCUGCCGUUUCCACUGCCGGUACUAAACCACCAGCAAAUGAUCGUUCAGCAUUAAUGGAUGAAAUUCGUCGUGGUGCCCAGUUGAAUCAUGUUGAUCCAACUGAACAAUCAUCACAGCGACAAAAUGGAAAUGGAAAUAAUCCGACUGAUGUACGUGGUCAGUUGUUAGAUCAAAUACGUCGUGGUGUUGAUCUGAAAAAAGUUGAGCCAAACACAAAUAAAUCCGAAGCAAAAUCGGCAAAUGAAAUCGGUAAAGGUGGUGCAUUAGCUGAUGCAUUAGCACGUGCCUUGCAGGAACGAGCGCAAGGCUGGAAUCAAACAAGUGAUUCCAGUGAUGAUGAUUCCAACAACAGCGAUGAUGAUGAUGAAUGGGAUGAUCGAUCUACUUAAAUAACAUUAUUUUUUUAAUUAUUU